AUGGACGUCGCGAAGGAUGCUAACGUCCGUGGAGGACGUGAGAUCCGGCAUCCUUCCUUUGAAAGAGUCCUGUGCUUUCGGUCCGAUGACGUCGUAGACGCAUCGAUGAUGCCUGAGGAAUCCAUCGUCGUUGAAAAUCCGUCGGCGAAACCGUACCUUCGAUACGCCACCUCGGUCGACGUCGAUACGACCGAAGACGACCACGGUUUUCGAUCCGACGAUCGCAUCGGAAUACGAAUCGACGAAAUCCCAUAUCUAAUCCAACGCGUGCACGAACUCCCCGGUCCCAAUCUCUCCCAGCAGAUCCGUCGCGUCGUCCGGCGUCCGGAAGAGUCGAAGAUGAGCAUCUUCCCGUGGUUCGUGACGUGUUUCUCCCUCGUCGCUUGCGGUCCCACCCUGCGACGAUCUCCGCUCUCCGAUCCGAACAUCAACACGACGACGUGCGGCGUGGGUUCGGAAUGCAGGAACUGCGAUUCGGAUCACGUGUACGAGCACACGAUCGGCUUGGCCGUGUGUUGCAAGGGAUGCAAGAGCAGGACCCUGGGAUUUGGGAAUUUCCCGACCCCGUGGUGUUACUGCAAGGCCGGCGAGGAACACGCUCCAGGACGAGAUUUGAUCCGUUCGGGUCUUGCGAACCGGCCGCCUCGGCCCCGCGGCGGCCGGUUCGCGGAUCUUGGGGCGAUUUCGAGCGUUUCGGUCCUCCGUGGACGAGAUGCGAUCGCCUGCGGAACGAUGGCAGGGGAGGCGCCGGCGGAACUGCGGAGCAGUCGAGGAUCCCUCGCUUCCAAGUCGGAGGAAGGAGCGAUCGCCAUGUUCGAGACCGGAGCCAAGGAACUCACCAGGAUCGUCCGAUCCGUCGCAGACGAAGUCUCCCACAUCCAGGUCUGUCCCGUCUUCGUCGCCUCUUCUCUUCUCUCCCUCGGUCUUCCCGUCUCUCCUCUCCUCUUCUCUCUCUCGGUCUUCCCUCUUCGUGAUCGUUUCCACUCCCAGAGGUACAUGGAGCGGAUGAAGUCGCUGGAGAAGAAGGUGGAGGAGAUGGAGGCGUCGAAACAGAGCACCCCGGCCCAAAGUAAACUCGGACUCGCGUCCGAAGAGCCCUUCCAGACGAAGCGAUUCGAUCGAGCCCGUUUCGAACCGUUCGCAGAUCCGUCGAACACCUACGGUUGCCCUCGGACGUACGCUCGGAUCGGAAGCGGCUGCUACUUCUUCUCCGUCUGGGAGGACAUACGGAUGGAAUGGACGGAGGCGCAGGACUUCUGUCACCGGAACGGCAGCGGGGACCUGGCGGAAUUCUUCGGCCUCGACGAGUUCCAGGACGUCACCAGAUACAUCUCCACCGGCGAGGCUUCUCACUUCCUCAAGGGCGACGAGACGUCGGUCUCCAAGCAUCGCCCUUCAAAAGCAUCCGUCGUUUCUCUUCGUGCCAUCCGCGACCCGACGACUCGCCUCUGCGGCGGUCCCACCCUGGGUCCCACCGGCUUCUUCACCGCGUCCUCGAAGAACCGUGUCGGCGAGGAAUUCGAAAUCCACGUCUGCUUCGCCGCUAGCACGGAAGGGAAGCCGUCGUCGUCGCGGACGCGGGGCACCUUUCCGAUGUCGACCUCGCGCACGCGUCUCGAUGCGAUGCGUCGGCAGUCGGGUCUCUCCCCUCUUGCAGGAGCUUCGCAACGAUCUUCGCUUCGGAACGAGGGCUUCGACGAGGAUCACUGGAUCGGAGGAGAGAGAAACCGACGAGGAGAAUGGACGUGGGCUCGAUCCAAGAACAUCCUGGAUCACCGACUCCUGCAAGAAGUGGCAUCUUCCUCCCUCUCCGGACAGCGAGACGAUUGUCUCCUCCUUCUCCAUCGUCCUCCCUCCACCUCCUACGAUAGAGGAUCCGAAUUUCCCCGACUCGGGGGGGAAGAGUGCGCGGGAAGGAAGGGCCGGCAUUUCUUCAUCUGCGAGACUCGACCGAACGCCUGA